AUGCACGUUCUGUCACGCCACCUCCACUCCCCAGCAGCUGGCUCAGGAAGCGGAGUGUCAGACUCUGAGGCGCUCGUUUCACGUCUGCGUUCGUUCACUGUUGUCAAUACUGAACUAGAGCUCUUUGUCACUCGGCAGCGACCAGUGAUACAUUACAGAGAAAUGUCUUCCUCCAAGGGUCCGCGGCACGAAGCCGCUCCCCUCAGCCGCACAAGAUGUCCGCCGCCCCCAACGGCCGCCACCUGCCGGCAAGCGCCGCCCGCGCCCCACCCACCUGAGCCCCGGCCCGAGCUGAGGCGCCUGUGGAGACGAGCCGGUCCGGUCCGGUCGCAACCUGCCGUGCGGAGCUGCGGGGGAGCGGAGUGCCUGGCGAGUAGAGAACAGGAGAAGCUUCCUGCUGGAAUGCCUCACAUCAGUGCAGCUGCAGCCCUGCAGAUCUGUGCAUUGCUGUCUGCUUUUCCAGCACAGUAUUUCAUAUCCCAGUGGUACGGAACAGACUCUGCUCAGCGCAUCCUGUUAACAGAAAGGGUCAUUACCUCUUGGAGCAGCUUUACAAAAUCUUGCUUGAGCCUGGAUGCGUGGGCAGAUUGUCUAAAGCUGUGGUUAUCAAAGACAAGGAAUUGGUACUAUGGAGAAAAGAAAGCUAAAAGUGGAGACAUUGAAGCAGAAACCCAUUCUUAUUUUGCAGAAUCAACUCAUGUUCGCAGUCCAAAGCCUGAGUAUAUUCAGUUCAGUGUGGGGCAGGUAAUAGUGCACAAAAGAUUUGGCUACUCAGGAGUCAUUAUUGGAUGGGAUGUAAAAGCUGACACUCCAGAGGAACGGCUACGACACAAAUAUCAUCCAGCUACACAGGAUCUGAGAGAUACUCCUCACUAUCGAAUUCUAAUUAACAAAGCAAAUGGAUUUGGCAAAUCUACAGCUUACAUUCCUCAGGAAGAGAUAACGAUUAUUAUGGGAUUAGAGGUGCAUCAUCCUGAUAUUAAAACCUAUUUCAGUGGAUAUGAUGGAACAAAAUACAUUAUGCAGCCAUGGCUGAAAAAAAUUUAUCCUCAUGACUGAGGUACUUAACAUACUUCCUUUUUAAACUGGAGCAAAUAGACACCAGGAUGAAAUGUGUAUUUUUACCUCUGAUGAAAUAAAACAUUCCAAAGCAUG